GUAUAAAUACCUGGUUGCGCAGCAGCAGGAGCACAGUCGAGCCUUAACAGCCGUCGUGAAAACACCUCUAUAACAGCACCACUAAAACCCAGAUCUUAAAACACCAAUCAUGGCACCUUCGAACAUGGAUUACCACAACGAGUCGGAAGUCGGAGAGAACUAUACCCACAAGAAGUUCAAAAUCGUGGGAUACACGCACAAAAAGUUUGGCAAAAAGAGCGCCAAGGAUAUUGCCCCCUCUGCCAGUGCCACGCCCCUUUUCCGGCCAUACGCCCUCAGCGAAAAUACACCACGAAAGCGUCGCCAGGAGACGGAGCGGGAGGUCCAGCAGCUGCAGCAAAAACCUGUGCACCAUCACUCACUGCCCCCCACACCACCCACCACGCCACCCCAGCACCAGCAACAUCCGCUUCCGGCCACCCACGUUUCGGUCACCCAUUCGCCGGUCUUCAACCACCAGGCAUACGCCUACAUGCUACAAAAGCAGCGCGCCGUGCUCCAGAUGCGCCAACUGCUCAACAUCAAUCCGGAUGCCAACACCUGGCCACUGGAAUGGCGCCAGGCCCUCCAGGCUCUGCUGCAGCAAUGAGCUUGACACGCACGUAAAGACAUUCAAAACGGAGUGAUUUGCCUAGCAACCAGUGAUAUAGACCUUUAAGUGACCGAGGACA